GACUUAAGAAACUAUAUUCUGAACCAUAAAUGAAUCUACUUUCCUCUUGAACUGGCUAAGCAUCUACACUUUGACAUAUUCUCUACUUUCUAACAAUGGAAUCUUAUCUUCUUGCAGUACUAUCUCUAGCCACCUUAAGCUUUGCAGACACUUGUUAUGGAGGUGUGCUCUUUUCUACACUGCCCCAAACCCUAGCCGUCUCGGCUUCACCAACUGAUGGCCAAGUUCUAAAAGCCGGAGAGGAUAAUAUAACAGUUACCUGGGGGCUGAAUCAGAGUUUUCCAGAUGGGACAGAUUCGUCGUACAAUGAAGUUAAGUUGAUGCUUUGCUACGGACCAAUCAGCCAGGCUGAUCGUGGAUGGAGGAAAACUGUGGACAACCUUAGCAAAGACAAGACUUGUCAGUUCACAAUUGCUCACAGAACCUAUAUGAGGGAAACUCAGAACUUCACAUGGAUGAUAGAGAGAGAUGUCCCAACUGCAGUUUAUUUUGUGAGAGCUUAUGCCUAUAAUUCAUCCCGCAACGAGGUUGCCUACGGGCAGACAACUGAUGCCAAGAAGAGCAGAAACCUUUUCAAGGUUCAAGCAAUCAGCGGACGUCAUUCAUCACUUGACAUAGCAUCUGUAUGCUUCUCUGCUUUUGCUUUGCUAUCUGUGGUUGGUUUUAUGGCGCUGGAGAAGAGAGGAAGGAAUUCAGCAGAGAAUUAAGGAGAGACUGAUGCUGAGGCAGUUAAUAAUUUCAUAUUCAAGAAAACAUUUUACUUUUCCACAGAAGAGAACGUGAUGAUUUGAAAAGAGUUCUGUAAUUCUCAUACAGGUUACAUUAGGCUUACUGAGUGAGACAAUAACUUUAAUAGCUACACAUUUAAUAGUAUAACAGGAGGUUUACAAGAUCGUCCUCAAUCACCAGGUCGGUGGGUCGUAUCCAAGAUCUAAAGUUCUGCACCAACAAGGCAUAGUCAGGGUUGGUUGUUCUUGGCCUUGCACUGACCCUUCAACACUUAAGACAGUGAGGUCAUAAUUAGAGAAUGAUAAUGUAAGAAAGCAGUAAAUGAUCUCAAACCUCUCACA